GAAAACAAGAGUGGUGUGCUGUAUCUUGGAUUUCUUCCUCCCCAGUUUGCAGAUCAGAAGCUGACCAUUCUGGAAGCAGGCUGUGGUGUUGGGAACUGCUUGUUUCCACUCUUAGAAGAAGAUGUGCAUAUUUUUGCAUAUGCCUGUGAUUUCUCUCCUAGAGCUGUUGAGUACGUGAAGCAAAAUGCCUUAUACAGGCCUGAAAGGUGUAAAGUGUUCCAGUGUGAUCUUACUAAAGAUGAUCUUCUAGAAAAUAUACCAGCAGAUUCUGUGGAUGUUGUCACACUUAUCUUUGUGCUUUCUGCCAUUCAUCCUGACAAAAUGCAUCUUGUCUUGAAGAACAUUUACAAGGUAUUAAAACCAGGCAAGUGUGUCUUGUUCAGGGACUAUGGACUGUAUGACCACGCAAUGCUCAGGUUUAAAUCUGGCAGGAAACUUGGGGAAAACUUUUAUGUUAGACAAGAUGGGACAAGAUCAUAUUUUUUUACUGAAGAGUUCUUGUCUCAGCUUUUCAAGGCUGAGGGAUAUGAGCAAGUGGUCAAUGAAUAUGUGCAGCGAGAAACUGUGAACAGGAAAGAAGACUUGUGUGUUCCAAGAGUUUUUCUUCAAAGCAAAUUUCAAAAGCCUUUCAGUAAGACACAAGUUCUUGCUGAUUAGCAAUGGCAUUGUUUGUUUGAAAUGGAAGCUAGCAUGUAGUUUUUCCUUGUGUGUGCUCAUCUUUCUGGUAAACCUGAAAUGACUGUGCCAAGUACCUCUUGAUUUUCAUCCUCAGAUACAAAACAUGAAUUCUAUUUCUAAUUCAAAUUUAAGAUGGUUUAGUGAUGCUGGAAACAUGUUGAAUGUCUGUAUUCCUGCUUCUGAAGUAAAUCAUGUGCAGCAUUGUUGGAGCAUAAGGUAAA